GGAAACGGGUAAAAAUGAGUACCCAUCACCACUCCCACUCCGCUUCUCACACUCUCUCGUCGCCCAAAUCCCCAACCGCCAUCAUGCAGGACCGUACCAUCUCCUCCCGCCGUUCUCAGCCCCAACCCGACUUCGAUUUCCCCUUCUCCUCCUCCGCCUCCGUAUCUCCCUUCCCCGGAUCCCCCACCUUUCUCGACGAGGAAUCCAAAACCAAGAAGCCUCACCUCUAUCUCUUGGCCACCAAUUACAUUUCCCGCAUCGCACUCGUCAAAUCCCCCUGCCUCUGCCUUCUCUUCAUCGUUCUCGCGCUUUUCUCUUUGGUGCUGACCUCUCGCUCCUUCGUUUGCGUCUCGUCUUAUGACCCGAUCUCUCGGGUCAGUCUCUUCGGUUUCGAUGGGGUUGACUCCGAUUUCGGAUCCCUUGGCGUUCCUUGGUGCAGAUCGAAACAUGGAAAAACUGUUGAAUGGACAUCCAAAGAUUUAAUCAGUGGCCUGGAGGAGUUUGUACCGAUAUAUGAAACACGGCCAAUCAAAAACAUGUAUGGGAUGGGUUUUGACCACAACUUUGGGCUUUGGUUCAUUGCCCGGUGGAUAAAACCAGACAUAAUGAUUGAAAGUGGUGUUUUCAAGGGACACUCCACUUGGGUUCUGCGGCAAGCAAUGCCUGACAUGCCGAUUAUCUCCCUCACACUACGGUAUCCGGAGAAGUACUUGAAAAAGGGACCUGCUUAUGUCGAUGAAAAUUGCUCUUACUUUGCUGGAAAAGAUUUUGUGGAUUUUGGAAGUGUUAAUUGGGAGAAGGUGCUAAAGGUUCGUGGAAUUUCGGAUUUCAGCCGAGUUCUCGUCUUCUUUGAUGACCAUCAAAAUGAACUGAAAAGGCUAAAGCAGGCAUUGAAAGCUGGCUUUCGUCAUCUUGUUUUCGAAGACAAUUAUGAUACCGGGACAGGAGAUCAUUACUCAUUGAGGCAGAUUUGUGACCAGUUCUACAUAAGAGGUGGUGGCCAUAGUUGCUUUAGGGACAGUGAUGAAGGCAGAAUUCGGUUGAAAAGAAAGAAAUUCUGGGAGAAGGCUGUGGAUAUAAAUGAACUUUGUGGACCACAUGAAGCUUGGUGGGGUGUUAGAGGGGAGAUGCUGGAUAAUUUUAACUACAAUAAGACUGUAAUCUCUUACGGCGAACAUUUUCAAAACAGUAGGUUUGUCGAAUCGAUUCUUGAUGUUUACUGGGAGCUACCACCGACGGCUGGUCCAUCUCUCACCCACCAAACUAGAUAUGAUCCUGGCCGUGCACCGCCUCCUAUUGUUGAAGAUGGCCGGUAUCGCUUGUUUCAGCAACUCGGUUUAGAUAGGCUAGAGAGAUCUGUAUUUAAUGGAUAUACACAGAUGGUAUAUCUGCUAAUUUCCAAACCUGAAUCUUGAAAGUAUUCUGGAUCAAAGCUUGAUAUAACUUCAGUAGAUGCAACAUGUGCCAAUAUCUUCAUUUCUCAUAG